AUCUCUUGAGCAAAAGCAGCUUCGUCGGUCUGUGCAGAUGCCAACGGAGCCUUUAGUUCAUUAUUUAUAAUAUUUUGGCAGUAUGGAGUGAGGAAGAAAUGGUGAGGGACACCAUGGGAUACUAUAUGGUGUUAGUGUUGGUGACGGUGAGCUGUGGGUGUGGGGCCCAGCUGGUGGUCAACGUUAACACCCAGAGUGGCGAGGUUUUCAAGGAAACAAUUACUGCAAAUAUUUCUGACGAUUCAGUUGUACUAGAAUUUCCUCAGAAUGAUGGUACAUAUAUCACACAACUUAUUGACUUCAAACAAGAGUUGCAGAUCUUUAAGGUGAUUGUCUUAGGCGAGGAAGAACUGGGUCAGAGUCAGUAUCAGGUCAUGUGCUUCAUUUUGCGAUUUUUCAAGAGCAACUUCAUUUCUUCUGAUGCAAUGUCUAAGCUGAGGCAGAAAAAUCCUGGCACUGUUCGAACUCCAGAAGAGGACCGAGGAACAGAAGAAAUAGAACUUGAUGUGAGUGUGGACGUAACUAGAUCAAAUAUUCUUUCUCCACACAUUCCACAAAUGUGUGCAUCAGCUGCUACUUCCACUUAUGCUUCAGACCGAGAUAUUAAACUGUGGGCUACACAAAGAAGAGAACUUGAUGGUGAUUGGUCAUUAGUGAGUGAUGUGACACACCAUCUCCCUACACGUGGAGUGGCCAGGUGUGGAGAUGGUGGCCGAGAAUUCUCAAAUCCAUGUGCUUGCCAUUACCAGGUAUGCAUUGCAUGGUAUCCUUGUGGCCUGAAAUACUGCAAAGGAAGGGACAAUUCUGGCAAAGCUGUGUCAUACCGCUGUGGCAUUCGCACCUGCCGCAAGUGUCGGAACUUCAGCUACUUUGUGCCGCAACGACAGCUGUGCCUUUGGGAUGACUAAAUUGAAUUCUCGAAGUUGAUUAGUUGCUUCAGAUAUGUCCCUGGUAAAUUACUGGUGUGAACCAUGCUGGAAUUUAUCUGGGAUAUUAUUAGCUGCAUACUAGUUUUUGUAUCGGUUUAGGUUUUUGCUGCUAAUUAUAUCGUGCCAUAUUAAAUUUUAUUUUUGUACAGUACUGUAGUAGCUUUUAUUUUUAAUAAAUAAAAAAGCAUUUUAAAUAAAAGAUGGUAUUCUUUAUACAGUAUUUGUUUAAAGAAUCCACCUUUUUAUAAUUUUUGUACAGUAUAACUAAGGUUUUAACAGAAUACUCCUAGUACAGUCUCCCUCUGUAUUGUAACUUUUAUAUAACACCAGUGUUGCUUCCCAUGCAUGAAAGUUAUAUGUUAACCUAGUUCUCAACCAAUUUUUUUAUCUUUUUAGUUAUAUUGAAGUGUUAUUUAAAGUAUAUAUGGGGAAUCUUCAUGAUUGUCUGUAAUUAAAAUGAAAGAAGGUCAAGUAAAAAUGUUUAUUAAAUAUUUGUAAAAAAUAGAAAAUGAGAGUAUCACUGGUUGUUCAGGCAGGUUUACAAGCUAUCACAGUGAGCCUGAGAAAACACACUUUGGCUUGCCUCUGCACGCAGCUCAGCCAAUGAAAAUAGGGUGUGGGGCAGUAGCUAAUGGUUGUAAGCAUUAGUGCAAUUGGUGUCGUGUUGCAAUUUGUCUAGUCAAAGGUCUUUUUAACACCAUUUUUGAAGCCAUGUGAUAUUCACAUUAUAGAAAUAUAGCUGUUCUUUCUAGAUCAGCAUAAUAGAACUGCAUCAGGGUGAUGGAUAGUUAUUUUACUUUACCAAACUUUACUUUAAUUAAGAGUUUAAUUACUAAUAAUAAUUAAAUCAUUGUUGGGGACAGGUAGCCAGUUUAUACAUACAGUACAUGUUAGGCUUAUAUCGAGGUCCUCACACGGUCGAAUUACUGGCCCUCCCCAGGGUGCAAUCCCACAAGAAGCUGAUUAACUUCUGGAUACUUAUUUACUGUUAGGGAGACAGGGACAUUAGGUGAUAGGAAACGUGCCCAACCAUUUCUGUCCUGCCCAGGAUUCUAACCUGGAAUUCUCGACUGUGAGUUUAGAACGAACCCGACUUUACUACCGGGACCCUAACUGGCAUAUACACCACACAAAGGGACCAUCCACCCCCCUUGGUGGCCGGUGCCUUGAUGUGGUGAGGGGACUCACAUUUGCCACCUGCAGGUAAAGCGACGGCCUCGCUUCCUGCAGGUUGAUGUUCAGUUCCCAACCGUCCAAGUGGUUGAGCACCAUUCCUUUCUCCUCGUCCCAUCCCAAAUCCUUAUCUAGACCCUUUCCAAGUGCUAUAUAGUCAUAAUGGCUUGGCAUCUUUCCCUGAUAAUUCCCUCCCUCCCCUCUCCUGCUUGCUGGAGCAGUGCACAAGCUAAGUAUGUCCCUAUAUGUUGGCCAUGUAUGGAGACCUGGACAUGUCCUUAUGUUCCUUCAUCUGAGAGUUGAACCUACCCAGUGGUCUCCCUGUAAGGGGGGGGGAGGCAACAUGUUGCUUAUGUGAGGGAGUGGGGAUAACAUGGGACAUUUAGUGUGACCCCACCUCAACCAAUUUGAUUGUCUAGCUUAGCCCUUCCUAGUUAGACAUCAGGUCAAGUGAGCAUUGUGGAGUUGGUGUAUGUAUCGGUCCCUAGGAUACUGUUUGACCCCUCAAUGCUUACUCAUAUAUACUGUUCCAGUUACCCCAGGUGUUGCUUGCCCAUGUGCUCUCCAUGGUGAUGUUGGGCGGCGAAGUCUUUUUCAAAUUACUUGUAUGUAUACGUACAGUACUUCUAACCCUCUUUCCUCUUCUCAGAGUCGUGAGGUGGAUGACCAGGUCCCCGAAUCAGACCAUGUUGGAAGUUUGGACUCCAUGGCUCCAACUGUGGUGGGCCUAAACCUGGCUUAGUCUCAGACUAUCCCAAAUGACCCUUUCUGUUCCCCUCCUAUUUGCUCUUUGGCAGGGUUGAGCUCAAAGUGCCUGGUGGUGAGUACCUCUUCACUGGGUGUGGUUGUGUCUUUUAUUGGGACAACUUUGCUGUUUACUCCCCCUGGUUCAUGAGAGUUUUGGUACCGUUGCCACAUUUGUGUGUUUUUCUUCUAUCUCUGCUGCAUUCCAGGAUUUGGCUCUACUAUGUGGCCUAGGUAUUUAAAUCUUUGUCAUGGACAUACCUGACCUGACUUGCACAGCCAUUAGCAUUUGGUUGACUGUGGAUUCCCAAGUUACUUUUAACCUCGCCCUGGACUGGCAUUCGUGUAGUUGUGCCCCUUCUCCGAUAUGUGGCUAAAAGUGUUCCCUGUGGCUCUCUGACCAUCAUUUCCAACCUUCUUUCUCACUUGCCAGGUUAGUGCUGCUUCUUUACUUCCUCCUUCUCUUUCCUCAGUGCCCUCUUUCACUUUUCCACCCCAUCUUUUCAGUCUUCCUUACUUGUCAUUUGCCUUUCCCACAACUGUCUGCCCAACUGAUGUCCACCCUCCUCCCAGUCAUCUUCAUGUUGUCUACUCUUGUUCUCCUUCUCCAACUGAAACUAUGUUGACCAGUGCACAGUACAUCGCUACUAGAAUGCUUAUCUAGCUACAAACAGAAAUCUGGUUCCUCUCCCUUUUACUCUUCGGUGGGUAAGAAGGCUUCUGUCCUUCCCCAAAUUUCCCCUUCCGCCUUGGUUCCUGCCUCUCCUCCCAUCUCGGUAGGGGAGUAAGCCGAUUUAGCUAUGGAACUUCCCGUAGCCCUUGAAUCUCCCUCUGAUACUGUCCCUGAUGAAGUGCUCACUGCUGUUUGUCAUUGUUCGCCCACCCUCCCUACAACAAUUGUCUGUUGCUGGGUUCCCAGCCAUAUUGGUAUUGCCUUAAAUAAGCGUGUGGACAUAAACACUAAGGGGGCUAUCCACACUUGUCAUUCUUCCCAAAAAGCAUUCCUCCUUCAGAUUUCUAGCUAAUCAUUCAUUCAUUGAUCAGAGAUUAUUGGCAAGGUCGUUGGUCUUUUGUUACAGGUAAACUGAGUGCUCAUAAGUGCAGCCUGUCCUCUUGACCAUCCUCCUACCACCAUAAUUGGCGGCAGGAAACGGCUCUGGUUAAGUUACAUAUUAGCCAUACGUGAUAACUUGUAGGUACUUGAUGGAAUGCUGCCCUGUCCCCUUAUUAUUUGAAUUGAAUUGUUCAUCUUAGUCAUGCACCUCAUUGUAGAAUGUCCCAAUUUUCAGGAUGUCUUGCGUGUCUUGCUUCCCAAAUGUCCUUUGUGAUCAUUUGUCCUUCAAUAGAAUCCAUAGUGAAUCUGAUAUCUUAUCACUUGCCUUAUGUACUUUUGUUCCUGUAUUGGCAUCCUCAGUAAUAUUUAACACCUUAUGAAUAUCCAGUGUCACUGAUGAUGCUACAUAAGUCUCCCCCUGCUUGGUGAUGCCUUUUGAUAAUUACUACUUACUAAUAAUGUCAAGAAAGAACUGACUGCUGCUUCUGCAGCACAAGGGACCAGGAACACAGGAAAUAUUCCAUAAAUAUGUACAAUAUGAAAUCAAAAUAAUAAGUCAAUGAUACAAAAUUAUAUAUUAUACAAUGAUGAUACACAAAUUAGAUUGCAGUCCCCUUUUAGGUUGAAGUCAUUUCUGACUACCUCUGACUCUUCAGAAGAACUGCCCAAGGUCUAGUGAAUCCAUUGUUAUACGAGGCACUGUACUACUGUUAAGAGCAUUCACAGAUAAUAGCUGUAACUUCAUACUGCUCUGAGGGCUACAGACUAGUCACUGAUCUUUUAGAUUAUUUUACAAAUAGGCCACAAACACCCUUGCUUGUCUGCUUGUUUUAUAAGAAAAGUUACUCUAAUAAGUCAAGAGAAAUUGUGUACUCUACAGUAACACUGUGACAUUAACAUUAAAGUAUGUAGAGUGGUUAUAUUUGUUAUUGUUGUUUACUUAUGUUUCAAAAUUGCAGGCAAACUUAGAUAGGUCUCUUUUUUUUUUUUUUUUUUUCCCAGUGAACUAUUGUUAUAUGUAAUGACAUGGUCAUUACAUAUAAGUGUAAUACUCAUUACUGCAGUUUUAUAGUGGUUGCCCAGGUAAUAUUCCUGUGUUAAGAAUUAUGUACAAAUUCUCUCAACAAACAUUACAAACAAAAUUUUAUGAAUUUUGUUGUGUUAUGAAUUUCUAAUAAAAAUUACCUAUAAUA